UUUUUUGCUUCCCUCUGUGUGUAUGGAUUGGGUUUACGGCGUAUUCAGUGGCGGAGCUAAAUUUUUUUUAUAAUUUUUUGAUAGAUAAAAGUAUUAACCUUUUUUUGUUCAUAUCUGUCUCCGCCCCUGACGUAUGUAUGCCCAGCUGAUAUAUUCAAUUUUGGCUGUUUCUUCGACUUUAUGUUUAAUAUUUUUUAUUGAUUAAUUAACAGGUAGUAUAUAUAUUAUAAUUAAAAAAAUAUAGAGGGUUUCAACUGGGGUUGGCUUUACCUUGUCAAUUUAUGGAGUUAUAAGCAAGUAGUAGAGGAAGUUGUCAAUUAUUAAUUCCUUAAAGGUGGGAACUUGGAAAGGAGAAGCAAUUAUUGUCUCUUAAGAGCUGUUUUCACCUCUCUUUAGAGACUUAUUAUUGUUGAGGUACUGAAAGUAAAUCAAACAUUGUCCAUCUUAUCUCGAAGUCUAAGUAUAAAAAAUGGUAAUGGAUUUCAAAGAAUUCUUCACUGAGUAUGGUGAGGCUCAUCAAUAUGAAAUCCAAGAGGUCGUUGGCAAGGGAAGCUAUGGUGUUGUUGCAGCAGCAAUUGAUACUCAUACUGGAGAGAAGGUAGCAAUAAAGAAGAUCAAAGAUGUUUUUGAGCACAGCUGUGAAGCCACCCGCAUCCUGAGAGAAAUAAAGCUCCUUCGGUUGCUUCGGCACCCAGAUAUUGUAGAAAUAAAGCAUAUACUGUUGCCUCCAUGUCCAAGGGAAUUCAAGGAUAUUUAUGUUGUUUUCGAGUUGAUGGAAUGUGACCUUCAGCAUGUAAUUAAAGCAAAUGACAGUCUCACUGCUGAACAUUAUCAAUUCUUUAUGUAUCAGCUUCUUCGUGGUUUAAAAUAUAUGCAUACAGCAAACGUGUUCCAUCGGGAUUUGAAGCCAAAGAACAUUCUAGCAAAUGCAGAUUGCAAGCUGAAAAUUUGUGAUUUUGGGCUUGCUCGGGUAUCACUUGGCGAUAACCCAUCUGCUGUUUUCUGGACUGACUACGUGGCAACUCGCUGGUACCGUGCUCCAGAACUCUGUGGUUCCUUUUUUUCCAAAUAUACCCCAGCAGUUGAUAUCUGGAGUCUAGGGUGUAUAUUUGCAGAAAUGCUCACAGGAAAACCAUUAUUUCCGGGGAAAAAUGCGGUUCACCAAUUGGAUCUCAUAACUGAUUUGCUUGGUACACCGUCCAUUGAAGCCAUUUCAAGGAUUAAAAAUGAAAAAGCAAGGAGAUAUUUAAGCAGCAUGAAGAAGAAAGCACCUAUCCCUCUCUCACAGCAAUUCCCACACGUUGAUCCACUAGCUCUAAGAUUACUUGAGCGGUUGAUUGCAUUUGAUCCCAAAGAUCGCCCUUCUGCUGAAGAGGCGCUAGCACAUCCAUAUUUCCGUGGUUUGGCCAACAAGGAACAGGAACCAUCAUCUCAGACUAUCUCAAAAUUCGAAUUCGACUUUGAACGAAGAAAACUUGGGAAAGAGGAUAUUAGGGAGCUCAUCUACCGAGAGAUUCUGGAAUAUCACCCUCAGAUGCUGCAGGAGCAUCUUCAUGGCACUGAUCACACUCACUUUAUGUAUCCAAGUGGGGUUGAUUGCUUCAAACAACAAUUUGACCAUCUCGAGGGGCAAAGUGGUAGAGGUGGAAGUACUCUCUUUCCAAGACGAUAUGCUUCUUUGCCCAGAGAACGAGUCUGUGCUUCCACAGAGGAGGAAGCUGAUAAGGAUGGUGAAUUUGAAAGGCAUGUUGUAGCUUCUAUGGCUCAGAGAUGCCUUCCAAGCCCCCCGAGUUCCCCCAAGGUCAAGAAACCGGAUAUUGCUAAUACAGUUGAAGGUCCUAAAGAGGCUGUCCAUAGUACACCAACGAAUACUGAACGCUGCAUGCUAAGAAGUUCUAGUAUUAGUUUUUCCAAAUGUGUUGGGGCCAUAUGGGACUGCGAGGUAAGUGUUUUCUGAACUAUAAGAAGAAAAACACUAAAUCAAUCAAUCAACUAUGCCCCAAUCUAAAAUUACCCGUGCUUAGGAAAGCCUGUAUUUUAAAAAUAUAGUAACAUAUAACUCAGCCAAAGUAUAGGGAGUAGACCUAACAUGCUUGCUAAUCACUUCACAUUUUUUUCGUUAUUUGAACGAACAAUAGAUAAAAAAAAAUAUGAGCUCUUCAAACCUCGGCAGAAAAAUUGAUAUAUGAAAUGUUCUUUUUUUUUUCUAAUAGUCUCAUCUUGUGUUGCUCGGACUCUCCAAAAAUAUUGUCUCACCCCGUGUCGGAUUCAAAAAUAUACUCUUUUUGGAGUAUCCGACGCACACCCCUCGAUAUUUUUGAAGAGUCCGAGCAAUAAAGAUCCCAUCUUUGCUUCCCCCCUCCCCCCUCUCUCUCAUGGGUCGGCAUGAAGGCUAGACAGAUGGCAUAAAAUCAUGGGUACAUUUUAUUUCCUUUAGUAGUAUUACUUCCUUUUUUCUCCAAAUUCAUCCUUUCAACUUUAAUUAGCUUCGAGACUGGUUUUUUCUUGAGCCCAGAGUCUAUCAGAAACAUCUUUUGUACCUUAGAUAUAGAGGUAAGCUUGUGUACACUGUACCUUCCCCAGACCCCGCUUUAUAGGACUACAUUGUGUAACUUCUUGUAAACAUUUUCUUUUAAUGAUCAAGGCUAUUAAAUGUUUGUAUUAA